UCUUUUUUUUUCUUUUUUACUUGUUGUUCCUCAUCUCUUAAAUAAAACCAACUCAACAUGUCGAAUCAAAUCAGUAUGAUUGGGAUUGACGAUAUCUUAAAGAAACGCUUCUUGGAACUUAUCAAGACCGUUAAUCCCACAGGCAGAUGGAAACUAGUUGUUGUUGACAGUCUUUCUUCAAAAAUUCUUAAUUCGGCCUGUAAAAUGUACGAUAUUCUUGAAGAAAAUGUUACUUUGGUAGAAAACAUUGAGAAGCCUAGACAACCUUAUCCAAGCUAUGAGGCAAUUUACAUUUUGACGCCUUGUAUUGAGUCUUGUUCUCGUUUAGUCGAUGAUUUUUCGCGUCCAGGUGGAAAAAUGUAUGCAGCUGCCCACGUUCAUUUUAUCAAUGCUUUGGAAAACAACACAUUUAAUGAGUUUACUCGACUUUUGAAUGCAGCUAACGCUGCUAAUGAUAUCAAGAGCUUGAAGGAAAUGUAUGUCGACUUUUUAGUUCGAGAAAAUUGCGUCUACAGCUUGGAUGAUGAAAAAAAGUUUCUUCGUCUGUUUGCUAAUGACGAAACAGUACAAACGCAGGCUGAACUUGAGGAUAUCGCCAAGGAGCUCUUGUGUGUUUGUGUUACACUAGGCGAAAAUCCAUUGAUCCGUUAUCAUCGUCCUUUGGACAUCAAGGAGACUAUCAACCGAAGAAUCCCUGAACAACUGGCUAAAGCAGUUCAGUCUGAAUUGGAUAACUUUUGUGCGACAAAUCCCGAAUAUCCACCUCCUAGAGAUCCUCCACUUCCUAGUGGUACCUUGAUUAUUUUGGAUCGUACAAUUGAUCCCAUCUCGCCCUUUUUGCAUGAAUUUACCUAUCAAGCAAUGGUUGCUGAUCUCUUGGAAGUAGAAGAAAUCCCUACUGGUCUCAAGUACGAAUACAAGUACACUCAAGAAGAUGGCACAACACAAGACCAAGAAGUAACUCUUGUUGAAACUGAUCCAGUCUAUUGUACUAUUCGCCACAUGCAUAUUGCCAACACAACAGAAAAACUUAUUAGUGAUUUCAAUGCCUUCCUCGACGAAAAUCAAAUUUCCUCCUCAAGUGGUCCUACUACUGCUGCUAGUUUGAGUGAUAUGAAGAACAUGAUUUCCAAUUUGCCCCAAUACCAAGAAAUGAAGAGUCGAUUUUCUGCUCAUAUGAACAUUGCUAGUGAAUGUAUGAGUGAAUUCAAAUCGCAAAACUUGGAAGAAAUUGGCUUGUUGGAGCAAGACAUGGCAUGUGGUGAAACUCCUGAAGGAGAAAAGCCAAAGAAUUUGGUCGAAGCCUUGACUCCCAUCUUGGAUGAUCCAUUGACAAGCCAAAUGGUCAAGACACGAUUGAUUUUAUUAUGGAUUGCCACUUCAGAUGCUGUUGAUCCCGAAGAUCUUGAGACGUUAUUAGCUGUUGCUCGUCUAGAACAGGAAUACAAAGACGCUAUUGAAAACAUCAAAUUACUGGGUGUUCAACUGUCCAAGUCAGCAAAUAAGUUGGGUAAGAAGAUGAAGAAGGGCUUAAAGAAAAAAACCAAUCCUCAACAAGAAGUACCUUUUGAUUUGUCACGUUACGUGCCUGUAGUGAAGCGUAUCGUUGAAGGUCACAUUGAUGGUACAAUUGACCAAAGUUUGUUUCCUAACAACAUUCGUAAUGUCAAACAACGCAACACACGCAAAAAUACAGAGGAAGCAGUCAAGGAAGUUCCUAAAUUGAGAGUGUACAAAACUCAAUGGCAUAAGAAAUCUAGCAAGGGUACUAAUGCUGCACCCAAACCUCCUUCUGGUCCACCUGUCAUUAUAUUCAUUGUUGGUGGUAUGACAUAUUCCGAAAUUCGAUCUGCUUAUGAGAUUGCAGAGACCUUUGAUCGUGAAGUUUAUAUUGGUUCCACUCAUAUCAUUACACCUGAUAAAUUUGUGACGGAUCUGGGUAAACUAGACAAAAAGAUACCACCUCCCAAAGGCUUGAUUCCUCCAUACACAGGUUCUAUUCAUAAAUCUAAUUCAGUUCCAGGCGGUGGACAACAAGCCUUACCGCCUCGAACCACAUCUUCUGUACCUAAUAGUAACUCAAAAGGACAUCAUCACAAGUUACUAGGAAAAUGGUAAAAUAAAGAAUGCCUUAAUAGGCAUAAUAUAAGGAUAAGUUA